AUGGCCGCCACGUUUGAUCAGGAAACAGGCCAGGUCUUUAAGGAAUAUGUCCUGUCGCGCGACGCACUCACCGAGGCGGAUCGAGACGCGGCAGACUGGAGCCGUCGACGCCGGUAUCCCGCCGUUACCGCCCGCGGCGUCCGGGGGCCUCGGUCCUUGGCAAACAUGGUCAUCAAGGUAGUCGCCGACAACAUCGGAUCGGUGGGCUCGGUGGCAGAUCUUGAGGAUCUCCCACCGCGUCUGUUGUGGCGCAUAUGGCGGUUCCUCGAGGCGAGAGGUGAAUGCCUUCACGCCUGGAAACUCUUCUCCAAGUUGUUCCUGGAGGCAGAAGAUGAUAAAACUCUAAGUCUUUAUCGCUUCCGUCAACAUAUUUGCCGUCCUGGGAAUGAGCUCACCCGCUACACUGUGCCCUUAACGGCACCACCUACGGACUUCAUCACCCACCUCGUUCUAACAGGCGGGUGCUCCUUCAACACACACGACUUGCUUUGCCUUGCCGAUAUGCCCAAUCUUGGCGCCCUCGAGCUCAUCCAACCCGCUGAUGAACUCCGCACCAUCUUCCCGCAAGUCUCGGACCGCCUGGUCCGGGGGUGGACCGAGAAGUCCGACCCGUUCCCGUUGCUUCGCAUACUCCGCAUAUGGGGCGACCAAUCCACAACCAAGAAGUCGUUGCAGUGGGUGUCGCAGUUCCCUUCGCUCGCGCUGUACGAUGUCAUGGGUGCGAGGGAGGACUGGAAGCAGAGUGAAGAGGCUGCGCUGGAGCAUGGCUGGGAGCAGGCCGAAAAGGUUUCUGGGCUGGAGGACUCGCUAUUACGUUAUCUGAUGCUGUUUGCACCGUUGGAGGAGGCGCGGACGCAUCGUCUUAGUGACCUUGCUGCGAGAAUCGACAACGACCUCGUCUCGCUAUGCGGUGAUUCUAGAUGUGCCGUUAAGUUCGUUCAAGAUCGCCAAGCGCCACCACUCCUCGACUAUCUCACCGACAUGGCAAAGGUGCGGGCACCUUCAUGGGAUAUUCAUGCUGCGUCUGGCGAAGCUAGAGCAUGUCACGGCGUGGCCUUUGAGCCUUGGGCGUUCUGGCUCUACUCGUUUCUCGGCCAGCUCAGCUCAGACCGAGACCUACAAGCUCGCGGCGCCCUCCCACCCCAAAAAGCUGUUGCCGGGCCCUUCAUUCUGCCUUCGCGGCCGUUCGCGUGUCUCCACCUAGGACAUAGCACUCGCGGAUCCGGUAUCAACACUCGACCGUCAUAUCCGAUCCCUAAGAAGGGCCCAAGCCUGGUGGCCUCGGAGCGAGCGGCUCCUGUGCUGGCGUUGCGGAAGCACAAGAAGAGGAGGCUGGAAGAUGUCCUGCAAGCCAUGUCGAAGUAG